AUGAAAACCUCGGUCAAGCAUGAUUUGACGGUCUUCGAAAAGCUGAUGACCCGGGAGGCGUAUCUCAAGAAAGAGCGCGAUGACGCCUUUUCUUUUGCCAUUACGCUGAGCCAAUGCUUGGAUGAAAUUUGCAGACUCGAGGGUGAACGCGUGUCUCUUGUCUCGAACAUCUUACGGAAUAUUGAUUCGGCCAUCCAGGGGUCAUCUAAAGAGGAUAUCAGAAUGGUAUUUUGGCAUGUUCGCCAUGCAUUGAUCCGUGCAAUUGAGAAACAGGGAUGUUUCGAAAUUCUGCAAAUCAUUGAUGUCAAAUACUGGUCUGAAUUGACGGCGAGCUAUGUGUGUUUAGAUGUGGCAUGUGCACAAAAAUUCGCGAACAUGGACAUUCCCGAUGACCUGAGAGGACGUUUGAGAUAUUUUUAG